GCCUAUCAUUGUCGUGUUCAAAGGUGUGUCCGUUAAGUUGCAAGUUGAAAAUACAUGAAAAGUUUUUAUCCAAAACUAAAAAAGAAAAAUAAUUCUGAAAACAAAUAUUAGGCGAUUUGGUUUUAUGACAAUUUACCUGUUCGGACACCACCGAGGUAGGUAAUCCUAAAAGGACAUACCUGGAAUUUCAACUCAGUACAAAGGAUAAACUCGUCAAGUGAAGGAAGGACUUUUCCAGAAGCUCAAAGCAACUAACUCGAGAAUGAUGUUUGCAGUGACUUGGAUUUAUACGUUCAGUGCACUUUUAGCUGCACUCCACCCCGAAGUUUUGGCUAUUCACACACUCCGGCAACGGACAGAACAGCGCUACACUGAGAACAGAAUGUCAUUCCGCAUUCCAAUAAAACCGAAAUGUACUAAAUUUGAUGAAGACUUCUGUCAGGAAGUGGAGAACUAUCCAGUAAAAUUGUUAGAAACUGUUUUGCCAGCAGAGAAAGAAUAUCAGGCGCUGUUUGGGGAUGACGGGCUUCAAUAUGAAAAUUUCACUCGACGGAUGGAUGACGAUGAUGCAAAGGAGACGCUGUGUGAAUGUCGGGAACGGAUUAUUUUUCCACAAGCAGGAGUAACCAAGGAGAAUGAUUGGAGCAUAAUUAUCAACCACUCUGACUAUAAGCAAGGCAUCCUGAUAGAGGAAUGUGUGAAUCCCAAUGGACCAUGUUCGGGAGAUCCCAGUUUUCCUUUGGGAUUGCAACACGAAUGUGAGCAGAAAUAUAUCUACAGGCAGUUGGUGUCAGUGGACUCAAAAGGUGAUGUAAUGAAAGAGUUUUUCCGGUUGCCCGCUUGCUGUAUGUGCAGUCUUUUUCAUAAAGACUAUUAAAUUUUAUAUAUAUAUUUUUUAUUAGCGGAUAUAAUAACGUACACAAAUCUAUGUGUGUGACUUUGUGCUGAUGGAAUAAAUGAUAUACACUAACUUA